CAGUGAGGUAUGCGGAGAUUCAGAAAAUGUGCGACGUCGCGGUAACCCUAACCCACCGGAGACUUGUGAGGAAUCGAGUAGUGGUCGUUGCUCUGACGCAGAGAAGAGCAGCCAAAACAGCGCUAUAUCUAGGGUUCCGAACUUUCAUAACAACGACAUGGCUAGUGCCCGUCAGUUUUACUAUAUACCGCAUAUUAACAUAUUUCUGAGAGUCACAGCUUGUCUACUCUGUGUCCUUCUGCAGAUAGUCACGAUCAUCCUGACGCCCUCUCUCUUAUCCUGGACCUAUUUUCCAGGUCGCCCCCUUCCAAGCACAGUGUAUUGUGCGCAUACUCUAUGGAAUUCAUAUCCACUUCACCCCUCUUUUCCAGGCCGCCCCUUCCAACCCCAGCUACGCCGGCAUAUCACCACCAUGACCGCAAUAGGAGACGAUGAGUACCCGGCCUUUCUGGUCGAGGUACCCAUCGGAACCAUAGGGAUCAGUCAGGACGGUUGGGGAGCUUAUUUUGACCGCUACCACAUGACUAUAAUGGGCCAGCCGUCGACACUCAGGACCAGGAUGUAUUUGACAUCACCGACUCAGAAAAAGGCUGAAGACUCAUCGAUUUUCGGAUCAGCCGUUUUAUGGGCGCAUUAACUGACUAUCAAGCUACCGCGACCGGUCCUCGGUAAAGAAAGUAUCAUGUCAAGAGACAACCAUUAUAUAAUUAUGUCGACAAAGUUACCUAGAGUGAUCUAAUCGACCUACCCCUCAACAUUGACGGAUACCAGAAAUGCACAGUCAAUGUUAGCGCUAAGAUGAUGGGUCACCCCAAAGCCAACGAUGUCCUGCGUGUGGGGUUGAUUCAAGCUGUCUGGCACCUCCUGAACCCCACCGACACUCGGGACUCUGUCGAUGCCUUGGAGUUUGUUAGAAUGUUGAAAA